UGUCACUCAGCAACAGCAGUUUUAAAAACUCUCUCCGCGAGCGAGUGCGCGCGUGUGUGUGUGUCGCGCGCUGUCUCCGGUAGCCGCUAGCUCCGUGUGUGUGUGUGUGUGUGUUUCUCUCCGCCGGUAUGAGCGUGGAUAAAGCCGAGCUGUGUGACUCGUUACUCAGCUGGCUGAGGAUAUUUCAGGUGCCGUCAUGUACGAGCAAACAAGACCUCACCAGCGGAGUGGCCGUCGCUCACGUGCUGCACAAAAUAGACCCGUCCUGGUUUAAUGAGACAUGGCUGGGGAGGAUAAAGGAGGACAACGGAGACAACUGGAGGAUCAAGGUCAGCAACCUAAAGAAGAUCCUUCAAAGCAUGCUGGAGUAUUACCACGACGUUCUGGGGCAGCAGGUGGCGGAGCAGCACGUUCCUGACGUGGCUCUGAUCGGGGAGACGGGGGACGUGACGGAGCUGGGUCGCCUGGUGCAGCUGGUGCUGGGCUGCGCCGUCAGCUGCGAGAAGAAGCAAGAACACAUUCAGCAGAUCAUGACCCUCGAGGAGUCGGUCCAGCACGUCGUCAUGACCGCCAUCCAGGAGCUGCUAACCAAAGAGCCCGUGGAGUCAGGAAGCCCGGACCUGUACGGGGACUUUGACUAUCAGUCGAGGAAGUAUUACUUCCUGAGCGAGGAUCUGGACGAGAAGGACCAUGCGUCUCAACGCUACAGAGAGCUCGAGCAGCAGCUGUCUGUGAUGAUGGAGGAGAAGUCCUCUCUGCAGACCGAGCUCCAGUCGUUGAAGGAGAGACUGAGUCGCUGUGAACCCCAGGACACGUCCACCACCAUCACAGGGAAGAAGCUGCUGCUGCUUCAGAGCCAGAUCGAGCAACUGCAGGAGGAAAACUACAGACUGGAGAACAGCCGUGAUGACCUUCGUGUACUUAGUGAAGCUCUGGAGAGAGACGUGGCUGAUCUGCAGCAUCGUAACGAGGAGCUGACGAGCCUCGCCCAGGAGGCUCAGGGCCUCAAAGAUGAGAUGGACAUUCUUCGACACUCGUCGGACCGUGUUAGCCGUCUGGAGGCGCUGGUCGAGACGUACAAGCGUAAGCUGGAGGAUUUGGGGGACCUGCGGAGACAGGUGCGUCUACUGGAGGAGAAGAACACGGUGUACAUGCAGCGCACCUGUGAGCUGGAGGAGGAGCUGCGCAGGGCCCACGCUGGACGCACACAACUCGACUCCUACAAAAGACAGGUACACGAGCUUCACUCCAGACACUCUUCAGAGGCCGUGAAGGCAGAGAGGUGGCAGUUUGAGUACAAGAACCUCAACGACAAGUACGAGGCUCUGAUUAAAGAGAAAGAGAGGUUGAUAUCUGAGCGGGACACACUGAGGGAGACAAACGAGGAGCUUCGCUGUGUUCAGGUGCAGCAGAAAUGUCUGAGUCAGUCAGGUUCUCUGGGUUCUGACGGAGCGGUGGGCAACCUGGCAUCUGAGAUCAUGCCCACAGAGUUUAAGGAGUCGGUGGUACGUCUUCAGAACGAGAAUAAGAUGCUGUGUGUUCAGGAGGAGACGUACAGGCAGAGACUCGGUCAGAUGCAGGCCCAGCUCGAGGAGGCACAGCGCAGCCAGAACACACUCGAGACCCAGAACAGGUUGAGUCAGCAGCAGAUAACCGAGCUGCGUUCUCAGGUCGAGGACUUACAGAAAGCUCUACAGGAGCAGGACAGCAAAUCUGAAGAUUCGUCUCUGCUGCAGAAGAAACUAGAAGAGCAUCUAGAGAAGCUGCAUGAAGCCCACUCUGAUCUGCAGAAGAAGCGAGAGGUGAUCGAUGACCUGAAGCCCGGCGCGGACAACAACAUGGCGAAGAAGAUUGACGAGCUGCAGACCGUUCUGAGAAAGAAGGACGAGGACAUGAGACAGAUGGAGGAGAGAUACAAGCGCUACAUGGAAAAGGCUCGAACGGUGAUAAAGACGCUGGACCCGAAUCAGAAGCCCAACUCGGUUGCUCCUGAGGUUCAGGCUCUGAGGAACCAGCUCUCAGAGAGAGACCGGAGAAUCCAAAACCUAGAGCAUGACUUCGAGAAGAGCCGGUCCAGACACGAUCAGGAGGAGAAGCUGAUAAUCAGCGCCUGGUACAACAUGGGCAUGGCUCUCCAUCAGAAGGUGACGAACGAGCGCUCCGGGGUUCCUGGUCAAGCUCAGUCCUUCCUCGCCCAGCAGAGACAGUCCACACAGGCACGGAGAGGUCUGAGUGCUCGCCUUCAGCCCAGAUAACACACUCGCACAGUAUAAGAGGGUUUAGUAAGCCACAGUCUGACCAACCGGUGCCUUAAACUCUCCUCUCGCUGCUCUGCUGGAAGACACGUCCUGUUCGUUCGUCCUCCAGACUGCGACUCUACAUGCUGCUGAUUCACUGCUAUAUUAUUAUUUUUCAAACUCUCUUGUCGUGUGGAGGACAUGCCGCUCUUAUCCACGGCAGCUUAAAGAAAAGGUGCAAAGUCGUCUCUCUCUCUCUCUCAUCUCAUCUCCUCCACUCACAGGGUUCGGGGUUAAAAGUGCUUUAAACAGCUUGUGGUUGUCCCUAGCCGAGUCUGAUCUGAUCGGAUCAAAGUAAAUGUUUCUCGGUGUUCUAAUUAGUCGGGAAUCAGGGGACGAGGAGACGGCUUUUAAAUUUAACUCAAUUUAAUAGUUUAUUUGUUUUUGUUACUCUUUACUUUCUUUCUCUUCCUGUCUCUUUGUGAGUGACGCUUUUAAGUGUUUAUGUUCAUCAGCACGUAAUGAUGGUGGUGAUCAAACACAUGGCUGAUUUUUUAAAUUUUUUUUUAUGGUUUGUUUAGCAUUUUCUGUAACCGCUUUAAUCUGAGAUUUGGUUGA